CGAAGAAGAAGACGCUCCUCCUUCUCAACAUGGCGGCCUGGUAGCACGUCCACGCUCGUCUGUUGACAUUUAUUCAAAAGCUUCUCUUCUGCUUCUGUAGUUGGAUUAAAACGUGUUGUAACCAUGUCGAGAAUCAUCGUUAAAAACCUUCCCAACGGGAUGAAGGAGGAGCGGUUCAGGUCCAUGUUCGCGGCCUUCGGCACCGUCACUGACUGCGCUCUGAAGUUCACCAAGGACGGAAAGUUCCGCAAGUUCGGCUUCGUGGGCUUCAAAACCGAAGAGGAUGCGAACGGAGCCCUGAAACAUUUCGACAGGAGCUUCGUGGACAUGUCCAGAGUCACGGUGGAGAUGUGUAAAGCGUUUGGAGACCCCACUAAGGCAAAAGCGUGGAGUAAACACACGCAGAGAUCAGGCCAGGACAAACCCUCCGUGACCGCAGACGCUGACAGCAAGAAGAAAAAGAAGGAACAGAAAAAGGAAGUCGACCCAGCACUUGGAAUUCUGGAAGAAGACCAGGUGUUCAAGGAGUUUCUGUCAGUUCAUCAGAAUCGAAGCCAAGUACCGACCUGGGCGAACGACACUUUGCAGCAAACAGCUGAUCCUCCUGACAGCGGACAGACAAAGACUCAGGGCAAGAAGAAGGUCGCUUCAGAUGAUUACCUCAACUUUGAUUCAGAGCAGUCGGAUGACGAGGAGGAGGAGAAGGAGGAGGAAGAGGAGGACGAAGAGGAAGAUGAUGAAAAUGAAGGUGCCACUAAAGAAGCAUUGAAGUCUGGUUUGUCAGAUAUGGAUUACCUGCGGUCGAAGGUGGCACAGACAGACGACACCAUGGAGGAGAGCGUAGAGAAGGAUGAGGAGGAGGAGGAUGAUGAUGAUGAAGGAGGGGAUGAUGAAGACGAGGAGCCUGGUUCUGUGCAGCCUGCAGACAGUGCCUAUGAGAGUGGUGAAAGAGAACACAGCUCCAAGACCAAACUUUCAGCUUCUUCUGAGGAUAAGAAGCAGAAAAAAGUCAAGAAAACUGCCACACAGGAGAUGGAGCCAACGACAGAGUUCACAGUGAAGUUGAGAGGAGCUCCUUUCAACGUUAAAGAGCAACAAAUUAAAGAGUUCAUGACCCCGCUGAAGCCUGCAGCCAUCAGGAUCGGGAAGAAUGAAAGCGGGAAUAGAACAGGUUAUGUGUACGUGGACUUACAUUCUGAAGAAGAGGUGAAAAAGGCCUUGAAGAAGAAUAAAGACUAUAUAGGGGGACGUUACAUCGAGGUGUUCUGCAUCGAUGGUAAUCAGGGUAAAGGCAAGAGGGACCGAAAGGAAAAAGAAAUUGACAGAAACUUCACCAGGACGCUCAAGGAGGAUGAGGAGGAGGAAGAUGUUGCAGAGUCCGGUCGACUUUUUGUCAGAAACCUGCCUUACACCUGCACAGAGGAAGAGAUCAAUGAGCUGUUUGCUAAACAUGGUCCAAUAUCUGAAGUGCUCUUCCCGAUCGACAAUCUGACAAAGAAACCUAAAGGGUUUGCUUUCAUCACCUACAUGAUACCAGAGAAUGCAGUGACAGCUCUUGUUCAGUUGGAUGGACACAUAUUUCAGGGCAGGAUGCUUCACCUGCUUCCCUCCACUGUGAAGAAGGAAAAGGCUGAAUCCUCAGAUGCUGGUGGUCCGGGCUCUUCAACUUACAAACGACAAAAAGAUGCUAAGGAUAAAGCUUCAAGUUCCAGUUCACACAAUUGGAACACCCUGUUCGUCGGCACAAGUGCAGUGGCAGAUGCUAUUGCUGAAAAAUACAACACCACAAAAAGCCAAGUUCUGGACCAUGAGGCCAAGGGAAGUGUUGCAGUGAGGAUGGCUCUGGGAGAAACACAAAUCGUCCAGGAGACUAGACAGUUCCUACUCGACAACAGUGUCAGUUUGGACUCCUUCAGUCAGGCUGCAGCAGAGAGGAGUAAAACUGUGAUCCUGGUGAAAAACCUUCCAACUGGAGUCUCUGUAUCAGAGCUGGAGGAACUCUUCUCUCCUCACGGCUCUUUGGGUCGAGUGCUGCUGCCACCGUCAGGCCUCACCGGCAUCAUCGAGUUCCUGGAGCCGACUGAAGCAAAACGAGGCUUUACAAAGCUGGCCUACAGCAAGUUUCAACAUGUCCCGCUGUACUUGGAGUGGGCACCUGUCGGCGUGUUUGUGGCAGCCAAACCAGAACCAGUACCAGAGAAAGAGGAGGCAGUGAAAGAAGACAAGAAGGAGGCGGAAGAGGAAGAAGAAGAGGAGGAGGAAGAGGAGGAUUCUGCUCCUGGUUCCACACUUUUCAUUAAGAAUCUUAAUUUCAGCACAACAGAGGAGAAGCUACAGGAGACAUUCUCCAAAUGUGGCAAGGUAACAUCCUGCACCAUCUCCAAGAAGAAAGAUAAAUCAGGAAAGAUGUUGUCCAUGGGCUAUGGCUUUGUCCAGUAUCAGACGGCAGAGGGAGCACAGAAGGCCCUGAGGCAGCUGCAGCACUGUUCUGUGGAGGAUCACCAGUUAGAGCUGAAGAUUUCUGAGAGAGCCACAAAGGUGACCGAGGUGUCCAGAAAGAGGAAGCAACUGGAGAAGAAGCCGACCGGAUCCAAGAUCCUUGUGCGCAAUGUUCCCUUCCAGGCCAGUGUCAGGGAAGUUCGAGAACUCUUCAGUACAUUCGGAGAGCUGAAGACGGUCCGCCUACCGAAAAAAGCAGCUGGUACAGGGAAACAUAGAGGCUUUGGCUUUGUGGAUUUCCUCACCAAACAGGAUGCAAAGAAAGCAUUUGCUGCACUGUGCCACAGCACCCAUCUGUACGGGAGGCGCCUCGUGCUGGAGUGGGCCGAUGCUGAGGAAACUGUGGAAACACUGAGACGGAAAACAGCCGAGCAUUUUCAUGUGGCCUCCAAAAAGCCGCGAAAGGCAGGAGCAUUGGAGGAAAUAAUGGGAAAAAUGGAAACUGAAGGGGGAGGGGAAGACUGAGGUCCCUGAACGUCUCUGUGGCUGUGAAACCUGCGACACAAUCCUGACCAGUGCUCCUUUGUUUUUCUGUGAAUAGGACUGUAAAGGAAAUAUGGACCUUACAGAAAUGUGCAGAAGGAACUGGUGAUAAAUUUAUCAGCUCAUCAAAGUUUUGUGAUAAAAUUUGAAAUCUUUGUAUUUCUGAAAUUACACACGUUUUUGUAUAGAAUGAACAACAUGAUCGGAGUGAUGUCAGUUUUUAUAUAAAAUUUUAUUUCAUGAUCUUAAA